AUGUCGAGCAUCUCGGAGACGAGCAUCUACGGUUGUGGAGCAAAACAGAGCCAAAAAAACAAAGGUGAGAAUCAUAAGUUCUUGAAUGGCUUGCAUGAGGCUUGGCUCCAAAUCCGAAGCUUUCCACCUCCAAGGCCAGAGCUGUUUCCCCUCCUCUCGAGGAGCGGCCUCCUCGAGAAGCUGAUCGGUGGCGGCGGCGGCGAGGAGGUUUCUUCCUCCUCCUCCGGAGGCCCGUUAGUCGUCCAGCUCAGCAACCUCCCAGGCGGCGCCAAGUCCUUCGAGCUCGUCGCUAAAUUCUGCUAUGGCGUGAAAAUCGAGCUCACCUCCAUGAACGUCGUCUCCCUCCGCUGUGCGGCCGAGCACCUUGUCAUGACUGAAGACUACGGCGACUCGAACCUCGUCUCGCAGACUGAGUCUUUCCUCAACGAGCUCCUCGCCAACUGGACCGACACCAUCAAGGCCCUCGAGACCUGCGAAGAGGUCCUCCAACCCGCCGAGGACCUCCACAUUGUCUCCCGAUGCAUCAACUCCCUCGCCAUCAAAGCCUGCUCCGACCCCACCCUCUUCUUCGGUUGGCCCGUGGACCACCGUGCGGGCCCUGCAUGGAAUGGCAUCUGCUCUCUUCCCCUGAAAAGUAAUAACAACAACUCAGUACCGACGGCCGACGAUUGGUGGUACGAGGAUGUCUCGUUCCUCAGCCUCCCACUGUACAAGCGGCUAAUACGGGCCGUCGAGGAAGGAGGGAUGCGGGCCGAGAGCGUGGCCCGAGCGCUCGUUUUCUACGCGAAGAAGUACAUACCGCAGAUGAACCGGCAGUCGAGCUUCAAGAACCCAAGCUCGAACGGGUCAUCGACGAUCUCCGUCCCGUCCGAGUCGGACCAAGGCGCGCUUCUUGAGGAGAUUGUCGACCUCCUCCCGGCACAAAAGGGUGUUCUGCACACACGUUUCUUGCUCCGGCUGCUGAAGACGGCGAUGGUUCUGCAGGUGGGGCCCGCAUGCCGGGAGAGCCUCGAACGGAGGGUCGGGUUGGAGCUGGAUCGAGCUUCUCUCGAGGAUCUGUUGGUACCGAAUUUGGGUUACUCGGUCGAGACUUUGUAUGAUGUGGAUUGCUUUCAGAGGAUUUUGGAUCAUUUCUUGUCGGUCGAGCAGGCCUCAACGGCUGCAUCACCGUGCAUCAUCGCGGAGGAGGAGCUGGUCGAGGGGACCCACACACUGACCUCGUUGACCAUGGUGGCAAAUUUGGUGGACUCGUACUUAGCUGAGGUGGCGCCCGACGUUAACCUAAAGUUCCCCAAGUUUCAGGCGCUGGCUGCGGCUGUCCCGGACUACGCGAGGCCGCUCUCUGACGGGAUUUAUCGGGCCAUCGAUAUUUUUCUCAAGGAACACCCGUGGCUGACUGAUUCAGAACGAGAGCAAGUUUGCCGGCUGAUGAAUUUUCAGAAGCUCUCGUUGGAGGCGAGUACGCAUGCUGCGCAAAACGAGCGAUUGCCGUUAAGGGUGAUCGUUCAGGUGCUGUUCUUCGAGCAGCUUCGGCUCCGAACCUCAAUCUCCAGCUGGCUGUUUGUUUCGGAAAAUCUUGACGGGUCACAGAAUGUGAGUUAUGGGCCGGGCCUUUCGAAGGGCCAGGAGAGGAUUACAAGCAUUGAUGAGAUGAGGGAGAGGUUGUGUGAGCUGGAGAAGGAGUGUCAGGGGAUGAAGGAGAAGUUUCAGAAGAUGGGGAAGAGUAAGAGGAGUUGGAACAUAUUCUGCAGGAGGAAAUCGAGCCGGGCCGAGUCGAAGCCUGCUAAGCAUCACGAAAACAGUGAGUUAGGGUGCUGA